GGAAGAGGGAGCGGGGCGGUUGUUGACAACAUGGCGGCCGCUGGCGGCCCCGCGGGAGGAAGAGGCGGAGGGAGCGGCGGCGGCGGGCGGGGGGCGCAGCCCCGCUCCUAGGGGCCCGGCUCGCUGCCCGCUCCCGCGGCCCCCGCCCGGCGGCCGCCUCGCCCCCUGCCCGGCGCCAUGUCCUUCUUCAGGCGGAAAGUGAAAGGUAAAGAACAAGAAAAGACCACAGAUGUGAAAGCAAUUAAAACUCCAAUACCUGUACAUUCCCCUCAAAGAAGCACUAGAAAUCAUGCCUUGCUGGAGGCUGCAGGACCAAGCCAUGUGGCAAUUAAUGCCAUCUCUGCCAACAUGGACUCUUUCUCUAGCAGUCGGACAGCUGCUCUUAAGAAGCAGCCAAGUCACAUGGAAGCUGCUCACUUUGGAGACUUAGGCAGAUCGUGUCUGAAUUAUCAGGCUCAAGAGACCAAAUCAAGCCUUUCAAAGACCCUUGAACAAGUUCUGCAGGACAAUGUAGCCCUCCCUUAUUUUAUCCAGUUUAUGGAACUGCGCAGAAUGGAACAUUUGGUUAAGUUUUGGUUAGAGGCUGAAAGCUUUCACUCCACAACAUGGUCCCGCAUAAGAGCGCACAGCCUGAACACAGUUAAGCAGAGUUCGUUGGCAGAGCCGGUGUCACCCUCGAAGCAGGAGGAAAUGGCAUCUUCUCCGCCUGGAUUGCUUGAGGAGAGACUGGAGGAUUCUAGCACCAUGCGUCUGCUCAGGACCAAAUCAGUGGCUCCAGAUAAGAACAACAGAACUAGCAACAGCCAGAACCACGUGCUCUUGGGUCAAGAGAGGGAUAAUACCAGUGUUGUUUGUCUAAGAAAAUCUGAGACAGGGAUGCAUUCUGUUGCAGCUGAUCAGCAAGAAUCUUCCAACCUUACAGUAUCAAAUAGAAACAGCCCCUCAUCUGCACUAAAGGACUUGUCAGGAAAACUAAUGAAAAGUAUAGAACGGGAUGCAGUUAGUACUUUUACCAAAUAUAUUUCUCCAGAUGCUGCUAAACCAAUACCUAUUACAGAAGCGAUGAGAAAUGACAUAGUUGCAAAGAUUUGUGGGGAAGAUGGACAAGUGGAUCCUAACUGCUUUGUUACAGCACAGUCAAUAGUGUUUAAUGCAAUGGAACAAGAGCACUUUAGUGAAUUUUUGCGAAGUCAUCAUUUCUGUAAAUAUCAGAUCGAGGUGCUGACUAGUGGGACUGUUUAUCUAGCUGACAUACUUUUCUGUGAAUCAGCCCUGUUCUAUUUCUCUGAGUACAUGGAGAAAGAAGAAGCAGUUAAUGUAUUGCAGUUCUGGUUGGCAGCAGAUAACUUCCAGUCUCAACUUGCUGCCAAAAAAGGCCAGUAUGAUGGGCAAGAAGCACAGAAUGACGCCAUGAUUUUAUAUGACAAGUACUUCUCCCUUCAAGCCACGCAUCCUCUUGGGUUUGAUGACUCUGUGAGGUUAGAGAUUGAAUCCAACAUCUGCAGGGAAGGUGGCCCUCUCCCUAACUGUUUCACUACUCCCUUACGGCAGGCGUGGACUACCAUGGAGACGGUUUUUUUGCCUGGUUUCUUGUCCAGCAACCUUUAUUACAAAUACUUGAAUGAUCUCAUCCAUUCUGUACGAGGAGAUGAAUUUCCAGGAGGGAAUAUUGCACUGAACAUUCAAGGGCCCGGCAGUUCUCCUGAUAGUGAUUCCAUAGGGGGCCCAGAUGGCUCUGCCUCCCAGUCCAAUGUCAAAAAGGCUAAUGUUAAAAUCCUGAAAAAUUUUGAUGAAGCAAUAAUUGUAGAUGCUGCAAGUCUGGAUCCAGAAUCUUUGUAUCAACGAACAUAUGCAGGGAAGAUGACAUUCGGACGAGUCAGUGACCUGGGACAGUUUAUCAGAGAAUCUGAACCUGAGCCUGAUGUCAAAAAAUCAAAAGGGUCCAUGUUUUCACAAGCAAUGAAGAAAUGGGUUCAAGGAAACACAGAUGAGGCUCAAGAAGAGAUGGCUUGGAGGAUAGCAAAGAUGAUAGUCAAUGAUGUUAUGCAGCAGGCACAAUGUGAACAGCGUUCAGAGAAGAUUACAAAGCUAUGAUUUUAGAAAUGCCAGAACAGGAAAUCUGGCUUUCUGCUUUGAGAAUGAGUGAACUUUCCCUUUGGGUGGAUUCUUUAACACAGCCAAUAAAAACAAAGCACUGUUACUCCAACCGCUGAUAUCUCCCUCGUUGAUAAGGAAGAAUUAAAAAGAAGCAAUCCUGUACCUCCACUGCAGAGCGUGAAGAAACACUUUUUCCUGUUGUAUGUGGCAUUCACAAUGAUGGUUUUUAGAGAGGAAGACACCAUUUAUGAACGCGUCACUGAGUAACUGUAAUCAACUUCACAAAUACUUGACCCUGUCUCAAAAAGACUUUUAAGCAAAAUAUCUGGAAUGGGACACAAGCCACAAGGAGGGGGAGGUUUUGCUGUAGUUUCUAGUUCUACCUGUAAUUUUUAAUUGUAUAACUGCAAAUGUCAUGGGAUGUGUCCCUGACAUUGGCCAUUGGAGAAGUGAACCUGAAAUGGUGAAUUUAUUGGCAGUGAAUGACCUAAAAAGUUUUAAGUUUUAUUUUUCCUUACUUGAAAUAGAUGAGCAUUCAACUGUAAGAUAAAUGUAUUUUACUUCAUAACUCCAUUAACCUUGAAGGCAGUGUAGAAUGAUCAGGAGCGAAGCCUGGACAGCGUAACUUUUCCUUGUCGAGCUCUUACACCUGCAUUCACUCAUCCCCUGCUUCAGACACACGGCCGACUCGAGCAGACUUGAAAGCCAGUCUUGUGCUUGUGUAGCCCUCUGUUCCUGAGCGUUGGCUCUGAAUGCAGCCCAUGCUUUGAGGAGAUCGUAGCCAGUAGCCUGCUCCAUCUUUUUUCUUUCUGUCCCAUAAGCAAGGAAAAAAGUGAUUACUGCCAUGUGUUGCUGCCAUUCUCCAUAGCUUGUUGUCCUCAAACCAGCAUAGUAUCUAAUUCCAGAGGUUUGGUUUACAAAGAAAAAUAAUUUUUAAUGACCUUCGGCCGCCUUUUUCCUGACGUUGUCAACACUUGCAACUUGCAAAACCCUUAGUUUAAGUAAAAAGCCACGGUGUGACACAGCACCUCUAUUUUUCCAAGUGAAUUGAUUUUGCAGAGUAUCAAAAACACUCAGUGUGUCACUGUUAUGUUAUCGCUGCAUUUUUAGUAUACAACACUUCUAUUUUGGUUUUUAUUUAACUCUUAUGAUUGCUUUUUUUCCUUGAACUUGUGCAAAAAAUCACUUUGCAAAGAAAUCAUCUCCAAUGUUCAGAGUAUCUUGAUUGACUAGCAAGUGUUAUACUGUUGCAAUAUUUGAUUGUAUAGAGACACCGUAUUGUCUAUAAAAAAAAAAAAAGCAAAAAAGGCUGUGUAUAGGUUUUUGGUACUAUGUACCACCUCUUAUUUCUCUCAUGCCCAAGUAUUCAUGUACUUAAAGCAUACUAUAUUUAAUUGUGUUUUGAUUUAAAAUAUAUAAAUAUUAAAACUUG